UGACAUCGACGCGAGAUGUGGGCCACUGAGAAGCAGAGAUAGCUACCGCUGCGUGAGCGCAUUCGCGAAAUGAAAAAGUUCACGGCUCAUUCCUUCUUUGUCUUCAACUCCCACCGUGAGAUCCAUCUUCCCACCCUCCAUAAGAAACACAGAACGCAAAGAUGACUCGCUCCGAAGCCGCACCAAGCUCUCUAGCCGAGUACGAGAAGGACAAGCAUUCGAGAACUUUGCCAGGCGGUAGAGCUGGGCCCAACAAGGACGGUGGUGCUGCCAUCGGUGGUUCGGAGGCUUUGGGUACCGAGAUUGGAGCCGAACAAGAUGCUCGCCGCGAGCGUGCUCAAGCGACGCGAGAAGGCGAGUUGUUGCCUGCUAUUGACGCUGGCCAGGGAACCCAGGGAGCCGGCGAGCUUGGUUUUGGACAGCAGUCCGGCUUUGAAAAAGGCAUGGGCGACACUCCAAGCUUCCAACAGAGGGAGCAGGCGCAGGACAGUAAGAAUUCGGAGUGGGCUUCUCACCAGCCCGACCUUCGCAACCUCGCCCGCAAUUCUGCGGGCACAUCGAACCCUCAGCAGGCUCAAAACUCGAUUGUGUCGUCUGCCAAUCGCCGCCCCGAGGAACUCCUAGAUACUGCAGGCCGUUCCCUCGGCACAGAGAGCGGUGCUGGAGGGUACCAAGGUGGUAUUCUCAAUCAGGCGAAUACGUCUGACGUUCCUGACCAGUGAUGGCAAUGUUGAUCUCCUUGUUUUGAAGAGAGCAGCUGGCGGUCAUCGAGUAGAAAGUCGGAGACAGUAUUCUGUGACUACCCUUCAACGACGCUCUUGUAGGCUGGCUAGCUACAAUAAAGUCGUCUGUAUUACUCGUGGUCCGUACCCGUCCAUCACAAUUUAUAGGGUCUCAACAGGGUUGAGGGGUCACAAGAUUAGUGUCUUUCGGUCGCCUCUUCUAGCUUUGCAAUUUGGCCGUUUCGAUC